AUUGAACGUUUGUUGAGCUACGUACUUUGGUGCGAUACACUUUCAAAGUAAGCAACAUGGAUAAGGGUGCUGUACAACCUAAGCUUGCCAGGGUUAAGGCAGUUGUAGGUAGAACUGGAUCACAAGGACAGUGUACGCAGGUUCGCGUGGAAUUUCUGGACGAUACAAACAGAACUAUUAUACGAAACGUUAAAGGUCCGAUUCGUGAAGGCGAUAUUUUAACUCUUUUGGAGACCGAAAGAGAAGCCAGAAGAUUACGUUAAUGUUUUCACAAUAAAGGGAUGUAUAUGA